CGCUGCGUGGCAUUCGAGGGCGCUGGAAGUCAAAACAGAUUGCUGUCCGUUGUGGAGGUUUAUAUAUAUACACAUAACAAAUACAUAUAUAUACUUCUAUAUGUGUAUAUAAACAUAGUGCAAAAUGGAUUUACGUGUGGGCUUUGGGGACAAGCUUAAACUGGGUGCAAAAGUCAUUGGCCAUAAGCUCAUUCAGUACAGGCUGGGCACGAAUCAGAGCACGCAGCUGGAAACGAAAUAUGGACUGCUGAAAGGACUGCAACGGCGGACCGUCUACGAUGGAGAGAUCUAUCAUGCCUUCGAGGGCAUACCCUUUGCCCAGCCACCGGUGGGUGAGCUGCGCUUCCGCUCGCCCCAGCCCGUGCAGCCCUGGCAGGGCGUGCGGGACUGUACCUACUGCAGGGAGAAGCCCAUGCAGCGGAAUUCCAUCACAAUGUCCGCGGAGGGUUCCGAGGAUUGCCUCUAUCUGAAUGUGUACGCCAAGCGAUUGGACUCGCCAAAGCCGCUGCCCGUUAUGGUCUGGAUCUAUGGCGGUGGCUUUCAAAUCGGUGGCGCCUCGCGGGAUCUCUAUGGACCGGACUACUUCAUGAAGCAUGAUGUCAUCCUGGUGACCUUCAACUACCGCGUCGGAGCCCUGGGCUUUCUCAGUCUCAAGGAGCGCGAACUCAAUGUGCCCGGCAAUGCGGGACUGAAGGACCAGGUGCAGGCGCUGCGUUGGGUCAAGGAGAACAUCGCCAGCUUCAAUGGUGACCCCGACAAUGUGACGCUGAUGGGCGAGUCGGCGGGCGCCGCCUCCACCCACAUCAUGAUGCAGACGGAGCAGACGCGAGGCCUCUUCCAUCGCGCCAUUGUGCAGUCCGGUUCGGCGUUGUGCGCCUGGGCCACAGAGCCAGACAAGCGCUGGGCCCAACGCCUGGGCAAGGAACUGGGCUACUUGGGCCCGCUGGACAACGAGCAGGAGCUGCUGAAAUUCCUCAAGGACACGCCCGCCAGCAAGCUGGCCCUCCACUGCAAUGCGAUCGUCACACAGGAGGAGCAGAGGGACUACGAGAUCAUUGCCUUUGGGCCAGUCAUCGAGCCGUAUGUCGGGGAGGACUGUGUGGUGCCGCGACCACAGCAGGAGCAGCUGUCAAAUGCCUGGGGCAAUGCGGUGCCCAUGAUCAUUGGCGGCAACUCAUUUGAGGGACUCUUCUCCUAUCAGACCACACUGCAGGAUCCGCUGCACAUGCUGAGCGCCUUCGAGGCGCUCAUUCCACGCCAGGUGCGCGACGUGAUUGACCAGGAUGAGCUGAACGAGAUGGUCAGCCGGCUGAAGGUCGCCUACUUUGGCGACACCGAACGCGGCAGCAUGGAGCUCUUCGAGUGCCUGCACAUACUGAGCGUGAAGAACUUCUGGCACGACAUACAUCGCACGCUGCUCGCCCGCUCGGUGUAUGCCCCGGCCACGGCCACCUACUUGUACCGCUUCGACAUGGACUCGCCGCACUACAACCAUUAUCGCAUACUCAAGUGUGGACGGAAGGUGCGCGGCGUCUGCCAUGCCGAUGACAUCUCCUACAUGUUCUAUGGGAUACUCUCCAGCAAGCUGGACAAGGCCACGCCCGAGUAUCGCACCAUUGAGCGUUUGAUUGCCAUGUGGACAUCGUUUGCCACCACAGGGGAUCCCAACUGUGAGACGAUUGCUCCGGUCAAAUGGGAUCCACUGCGCCCCGGUGGCCCCGAACUGUGCCUCAACAUUGCCGACGGACUGGAGUUUAUACCGCUGCCCGAGAGCAAACAGUUUGUCGUGUGGGAUAGUUUCUACACCCGAGAGAGUCUCUACUGAACACUAGAAUGUCGUUGAACACAUAAAUGCAUUAUGCUUGAAAAAUAAAGCCAUAAACCACAA